AUGGUCAUGCUACCACCGCCAACUCUAAGCUUCACAAUUCCCUCUAUCCACGAUAAUUCCAGUCUUGAUUGUCGCAUCUACCAUCCUCCAUGCUUGGUACCUACUUCUCUCUCCCAGGCUAUACCUUGGAGAAAGAGAGCUGCCAUUGUUGCGCAUCCUUAUGCACCCUUGGGAGGGAGCUAUGACGAUCCUGUAGUGGAUUUGGUUGCUUCUACUAUUUUGAAGGAGGGAUUUGUUGUAGGGACUUUCAAUUUUCGUGGUGCAGGCUCUUCGAAAGGACAUACUUCAUGGUCUUCCCUAUCUGAACAAAAGGAUUAUAUAUCAUUUAUCGGAUUCAUCGUAACCUAUCUGCAUCACCUUACCGUGCCGUAUUCGUCCAGCCCACCGUCAUUUACACAAUCUGAUCCCGAAAUUCAAGACCUCGCUCCUAUUCAGUCACAAGGCCCAUUGGAAAUUACAAAUGGUAGCUCUCCAGGUAAACACACGUCUGCCGGGUCGAGUCUUGGAGGGUUCGAAGCCCCUCCUAUUCUACUACUUGCGGGCUAUUCAUAUGGAACUCUCAUCACAAUUAAUCUCGACCCGAGCCUUCUUGCCAUUCUUGCUCCAUUUCAACAGCCAAUCUCUGGUACUCCAUACGCAGACAUAAGAUCUCGAGCACGAUUCUUAGCUAAUCAACAGAACGAGGUAAUUGAAACUGGAUAUUCAUUACUCCGAGCGGGAAACCAUAGACGAGGCCGUAGUCUACAAUUAGGGGAACAGAUGACCAAUCAUAAAACUCGACUAUCUAACUCGGGAGUUAGAAUGGGUGGUGAUGAAGAUAUUAGAAGGGCUAGUCAUGAUCUACGUGGUUCCGGUGUGAGACGAUCAUUCUCCGUGGAUGCACCAUUAAACGUUAGAAAGAGUGUAGACAGAAUCAAGUCUCUUGUUCAUCACGGGUCUCCAAAAAGAGGAUUGAGCUAUACUUCGACGCCUAGGGAUCAUGAUAGUGAUUCGAAUGUGGAAAAUUCGAAUGGGCAUACUCAUGAUAGAAAAGUCGAACCUGCUGAUAGCCUUGGGGAUGAUAUGAAACUUGCCUACUUACUCAUUUCCCCUUUGCCUCCUGAUGGCAUGAUCAAUAACUUAGCAAGUAUCGGAAGUUUCAGACCGAAUCUUCUAUUCGGAAAGCAAAACCACAAAAUGGAGCCCGAUAUCAAGUUCACAGUCGAUCCUACCUUGGUCCUCUAUGGAACCGGUGAUCUUUUUGUUCAAGCCAAAACUUUUGAACGCUGGACCGAAAAAUUGUCGCGGAUAUGCAAAAGUAGAGAACCAGGGAGUACGAUGACUUUUAGAUAUGAAGAGGUAGCCAACGGGGAGCAUUUUUGGAGAAAUUCUACAGCUGCUAGGGAAUUAAAAGAGAACAUUAGAAGGUUCUUGGUAGAGAUUCUAGGGUGGAUUGUUUAG